AUGUGUUGUCUGUGUGUCGCUAGGGAGGAGGGCGAGGAGAAGCCGAAGGCGGCGGAGAGCCAAGAUGACGGGUACGAGACGAGCAACAGCGGCGAGGCGGCGCGCCGCAAGCCCUCCAGCGCCGAAGGCUCGCCGGCGCCGCCGCCCGCGCGCAGCCCGCCGCCCGACGCCGCCUAUGAGCCGCUCCUGCAGCGCCCCUUCCCCUCCCCCUUUCGCCACUUCGAGGCGCCCGCGCCGCCCGCCCCCGCGCCCGCGCACCCCGCGCCCGCGCACCCCACGCCCGCCGCGCCGCCCGCGCACGAGCCCGAGCCCUACCAGCACUUUCCCUUCCCCAAGUACCCGCAGGACCCGUAUGGCUUCAAGCGCGAGGCCGACGCGCCCUACGACAUGAGCCAGCACCACCACCAGCCGCACCAGCCGCUGCACCACAACUACGCGCCGCCCAAGCGCGACGACGAGCUGUACAACGGCGUGAAGCGCGAGUGCGACGACCCCUACUCGUUCGUGGAGGAGGAGGCCAUGUGCGCCAUGUUGGGCCAGCAGCACCAUCUGCCGCCGCACCUGCACCACGAGCACCACGAGCACCCCCUACAGCACGCGCACCUGCCACACCAGCAGCACCCGCAGCAUCCGCAGCAUCAACACGCCCAUCAGCAGAUGAUGCUUAACCAACCUAAGAAGCGUGGCCGCAAGAAAAAAAUUAAAGACGAAAACGGAAUGGAAAUCAAAGUGGAGGGCGUGAUGGACGGCGGGCUGGCGGCGGUGCGGCCCGUGAAGGAGCGCAAGAAGCACGACCGCUUCAACGGCAUGAGCGAGGAGGAGGUGUCGCGGCGGACGCUGCCCGACCACCUCGCCGAGAACCUCGACAUCAUCAUUAUCGGCAUCAACCCGGGGCUGUUCGCGGCGUACAAGGGGCACCACUACGCGGGCCCCGGGAACCACUUCUGGAAGUGCUUGUACCUGUCCGGCCUCACGCGCGAACAGAUGAGCGCCGACGAGGACUACAAGCUGCUGAACUUCGGCAUCGGGUUCACGAACAUGGUGGCGCGCCCCACCAAGGGCUCGGCGGACCUCACGCGCCGCGAGAUCAAGGAGGGCUCCGCCAUCCUGCUGGAGAAGCUGCAGACCUUCCGCCCCAAGGUGGCCGUGUUCAACGGCAAGCUCAUCUACGAGGUGUUCUCCGGCAAGAAGGACUUCUGCUUCGGCAAGCAGCCGGACACCAUCGCCGGCACCAACACGUACAUGUGGGUGAUGCCGUCGUCGUCGGCGCGCUGCGCGCAGCUGCCGCGCGCCGCGGACAAGGUGCCGUUCUACGCGGCGCUGAAGAAGUUCCGCGACUACCUCAACGGGCUGGUGGCGCACGUGGACGAGGCCGAGCUCGUGUUCCCCGACACCACCAGCCGCCGCCCGCACGAGGAGAUGGAGAUACGCAGCGAGUCUACUUGCAGAUUGACCAUGGAGCCCGAGCCCGGAGACACCAUCAUCCUCGAGGACGGCACCGAAGUACCGCUAAAGAAAAAACGCGGCCGUCCCAAGAAGGUGAAGCUGGAGAACGGCGAGAGCGCGCCGCCCGCGCCGCGCGCGCCGCGCCCGCCGCGCCCGCCGCCCGCGCUCGACCUGCAGGGCGACCACCCGCCCAAGAAGAAGCGCGGCCGCCCCAAGAAGAUCCGCCCCGAGGAGCAGCAGUUCCUCAUGCAGCAGCAGCAGCAGCAGCAGCAACAGCAGCAGCAGCAGCAGGCGUACGUGGACGUGGACUCGCAGCAGGCCAACUCCAUGCUGCAGCCGCAGCUGCCGUCGCUGGGCGCGCACGGCACGCUGCCGCACGAGCAGUUCCUGCACGGGGAGUUCCCCGCGCUGGCGUCGCCGCUGGGCGGCAUGUACGGCGUGCAGCACGCGCACGCGCAGCCCAUGAGCGACGGCUCGCCCUACUACCAGCCCAACGCGGGCGGCGGCAUGGACUCGCCGCUGGACGUGGGUGGGCAGCUGGGCCUGGCGCGCGGCUACGCGUCGCCGGGCGGCUACGCGGCGUCGCCGCGCCACUACGCGUCGCCGCGUUCGCAGCCCUACUCGCCGGGCCCGCAGCGCCUCGCCGCCACGCCGCAGCCGCAGCAACAGCAACAGUACCCGUCGAGUCCGGCGGCGUUCUCGGCGCCUUCCCCGCCGCGCGCCGGCUACGGCUCGCCGGGCGUGGGCGUGGGCGGCGUGGGCGUGGGCGGUGUGGGCGCGUCGCGGGGCUUCGCGGCGCGCUCUCCGCUGUACGCGAGCAGCCCGGCCGCCUACCGCCAGCAGCCCAGCCCCGCCGCCCAGCCCCAGCCCAGGUUCACGCACGACCCGCUGCCCUUUGCGAGAGAUAGCACGCAGAGCGGCGGCGCGUCGAGCGGGUUCGCGCGGUCGCCGGCGCCAGCGGGCGCGGGCGCGGGCGGCGCCAGCACGCCCUUCCCCGCGGCGUCGCCGGCGGGCGCGGCGGGCGCGGCGGGCGCGGCGGGCGCGCUGCACUCGUACACGCCGUCGCCGGCGCACACGCCCUACAGCCACCACUCGUCGCCGGCGCCCGCGCCGCUCACGCCCGCCUACACGGACUCGCACCACUUCGCGACGCAGGGCGGCGGCAGCGGGUCGAGUGCGGGCGGGUACGGCGCCGAGCUGUCGAGCGACAUCGGCGCGGCCAUCUCGUCGCCCGGCGUAUCGCCCGGCAUGGCGCUGGACUUCGAGCCGCCGCGCCGCGCCGACGACGACGCCAGCCCCAUGGGCAGCACCGACAUGCACCCCGGCAGCAACAGCAACUCCUCGCUCUCCGACUACAAUAAGCAAAGCAACCCGGGCGGCGCGGAGCUGUCGCCGGCGGCGGGCGGCGGCUCCUUCGGCGGCGCGCUGUACGACGCGGAGGCGCGGCUGCAGUACGACAAGCCCGACUACCACUACCCGCAGGACCAAGGCAACGGCGUGGGAGAUAGUCCCCGGCUAGACCAGCUACAUCAACAUCCCUCCAUGUAUCCUAGCAAUUUUAAUAGGUCGACGCCCACGGGCGACGGCGAGGCGGGGUUCGCGCGCGGGCCCUUCCGCACGCCCGACCACCACCACCCGCCGCCAGGGUCUCCGAGCGAGUACGGCAGCGCGGGCAACGGCGGCGAGUCCGGCCCCGGUACGCCCAAGAGCAAGUCGCAGGACGUCGCGUCCAAGUCGCUGUCGGGGCUGGAGUCGCUCGUGGACCAGAUCCCCUCCAUCGCGGAGGGGCCCAGCGGCGGCGGCGUGGGCGGCGGCGUGAGUGGCGUGGGCGGCGUGGGCGUGGGCGGCGGCGUGGGCGAGCAGGGCGCGCCGCCCGUGCCCUCGCUGCCCGACUACGCGCCCGCGCUCUACCCGCCCUACCCCGCGUACGGCGCGCCCGCCUACGGGAACAACGGGUACGGCGGGCCGUUCGUGGGCUACGGCGGCGGCUGGGGCACGCAGCUGAUGCGGCCGGCGCCGGGCUACCUGUCGGAGUGGCAGUACGGGUACGCGCCCGGCGUGCCGCCCGCCUACGCGCCCUACAAUGCGCCCUACUACAACGGCUACGCGGCGCCGCCCGCCCACCACCAGCAGCACUACCUGUCGGCGCCGCCGCUCAUCGACCUGCACAAGAACGGCGAGCACGCGCCCGCCGUGCCCUCUGUGCCCUCCGUGCCCUCCGUCGGCUUCGGCGGCUUCUGU